CAAAUCUGGGUCUAUGACAUAAAUACUGCAAUGUCUGCUACCAAAUGACUCCCAAAUCCCUCAAUAUUCACCCUGGUGGUAGUAUUGCUCGUUGAUCACGUGUCAACAUACAACCCUACAAAGCUCUAUCUAGAUAUUCGACACCUUAUUGCCUCAGGACACAACAGAACUCUACGGCCGCCAGAAUAAAAAACUAUGCUUCAAUAUACAAGGCCAAUCUCAGAAGCAUCAAAGAGGGGUUGUUGUUCAUUCAUAUCUCCCAUCUAUUUCUGACUUUUACGUGAAGCCGAAUUCCUACAUCGACACAUUUGAUCUCCGCAUCUCGGAUAUCAUCACGUCGGAGAACGCCCGAGACCCUUCAACCCCGCAUUACUCGGCUGGAAGACCGACUCCGAUCUAGGAGUACUUUUAAACCUAAAGCAAGAAGCUUGAAAGCUGAAUAGCUCAUCUCACUCUCCAAUUCAUGAGGGAGGAACAAGCCCAUCAGGAAACAGUGCCACUCAUCAACCAUGGCCCAAACUCAUAGUAUCCUCGUCCUACCAGGCGACGGCAUAGGCCCUGAAGUCAUGGCCGAAGCAAUCAAAGUCCUCAAAGCCUUCGAAAGCCCCUCACACAAAUUUGAGCUCCGUCAAGAAUUAAUCGGCGGUUGCAGCAUUGACGCAACCGGUAAAUCCAUCACAGAAGAAGUCAAGCAAGCGGCUCUUGCCUCGGACGCCGUGCUGUUCGCGGCGGUUGGUGGUCCCAAAUGGGACAAUGCUCGUCGGGGUCUAGAUGGACCCGAGGGUGGGUUGCUACAGCUUCGCAAGGUAAUGGAUAUCUAUGCGAACUUGCGACCGUGCUCGUCUAGUUCUCCUAGUGCAUCGAUUGCAAAGGAGUUUAGCCCUUUCCGGCAUGAGAUUCUUUUCGGUCCCGAGAAAGACGGUGAUGCGGAGGGGGUGGACUUUGUAGUUGUUAGGGAGAACUGUGGCGGUGCAUACUUUGGAAGGAAAGUAGAGGACCCAACUUAUGCAAUGGAUGAAUGGGGCUACUCCGAAGCAGAGAUCGUACGAGUCACCCGCCUUGCUGCAGAAAUUGCUCUUCGCCACAAUCCCCCAUGGCCAGUGAUCUCUCUCGAUAAAGCAAAUGUCCUGGCAUCAUCUCGCCUCUGGCGUCGUGUAGUCGAAAAGACCAUGACCACCGAGUACCCACAGCUUAGGCUGGUCCACCAACUCGCCGACUCUGCAUCUUUGAUCCUGGCCACAAACCCAAGAUCCUUGAACGGAGUGAUUCUUGCUGAUAACACUUUUGGUGAUAUGAUCUCCGAUCAGGCGGGCUCAAUCGUCGGGACUUUGGGUGUGUUGCCUAGUGCUAGUCUCAAUGGCUUGCCAGGUGAUAAAACGCUCAAAACACGGCCGUAUGGCUUGUAUGAGCCAACUCAUGGCUCGGCUCCAACUAUCGCCGGGAAGAACAUUGCUAAUCCGGUCGCCAUGAUCUUGUGCGUUGCACUUAUGUUCCGGUACUCCCUGAACAUGGAGACGGAGGCGACGCGCUUGGAAGAUGCAGUACGAAAGGUGCUGGAUAAGGGCUUGCGUACAUCUGAUCUGGGGGGUACGAUGGGCACGAAGGAGUUAGGAGAUGCCAUUGUGGCCGAGCUGUAGUUCCGGAAAAAGCAAUAGGCUAGUUUACAUGGAACAUAAGGUGUGGUCUACGACCAUUGAUGGAGAUCUCCAGCACCACUCCCACUGGCUAAUCAAUGAGGCCCUCAGCAAAAGUUGCUGUUGCCAUAGUGGGCCUCUCUCUCUUAUUCUCCCCACCAGAUCAUGGCCAGAGUUUUCUCGCUCUUGCUUCCUGCUUCCUAUGUGUAGACUUCCUUGACCUAUUCUAUGACCU